AUGAAGUUAAAAAUAUUUUUUAUUUUAUUUCUUUGUUUGAUUUCUCAGGGGAUUGAAGGUGAGAAUUUUAGUGUUACUAUUUUAAAGUGUCAAUUACAAACAUUGUUUAAAGGAGCGAAUUUGCCGUCAAGUGUUGCUCCAAUUCAACCAGCAACAAAUGUUGGGGAAAUAGCUCCGGCAUCGUAUGAAAAUGCUAAUGGUGUAAAAUACCCGAAUGUUCCUUUCUAUGGAAAUCCAAAACAUUUGAAAAAAGAGAAAGUCGAUGGUUUAGGAAAGGUGGAUACUUCAAAUAGAUUUUCUGUUUUGCAAGGACUGACAGAAGAAAACCAAGAUAAAAUGUUUGGUAAAUCUGAGAUUAAGCCAAAAAUUGAAGAGGAAUGUGAAGAGGAUUGUGAGGAAGAGUGUGUGGAGGAAGGUAUUCAAUGUUAUAUACGGCUCUCGCUUAUCUCGAAUAAUUAA